UUUGCGCACCGCCUCUCUCACACGAGGAAGAUGGCUGCGGCCGUGGUGAAGGUGUGCGUGUUUCGGCUGAGGGUUGCAGCGGGCUGCAGUGGGAGGUUGUUUGGGGAGAAUGUGGGACUACCCUGUCGAAGAUUUUCUAGUGGUCGGAGGACUCUGCAUGCUGCCUCUGUGGGAGCGGUGGCCCGUCUGCGGCCCCUGCACGUGCUGUUAGCCACUGGCAGUGGCUACCUGGGCUACUCCCAGUAUGGAUGGUACAAGGACAGAGAGCUGGAGAGACAAGGGAUCGAGGUUCCUCCACACGUGGCUCAUGAAGUGCAGGUUGGGGAAACUGUUUAG